AUGCCUCGCGUACCCAAACCGCCCGUAAAAGCGGCAUGUCUUGCAUGUCGCCGAGGUGGAGCUCGUAGAGGUAUUCGAUAUACUGAGGCGUUGCAACAACAUGCUCAGGUUGAUAGUGUACCAUCAGAAACCCCACAGCAUCGACCCUCGCCAAUAGAUGCUGUUGAAACUAUUGAUCCAUUGCUUGAGAAUACUAUGGGGCUUCUGGCUCCAUUUGUGGGUAUUCAUAAUCUAGAUACUUCCCCAGACGUACUCUCAGACACCGGUGAAGCUCUCCAGUUAUGGGGUCAACUCACUCCAGGUGAUGAUGGCACAUUUGCCUCGCCAUCUAUCAAUGAUACGGAUCUACCUGCUAUUCGAGCUUAUCAGUGCGAAGACGACAUUCUCAAUGCCUACUAUAUCUACAUGCACCCCUACUUCCCGUUGCUUCCGCCACCACCGAAUCCACAAUAUGAGGAUCGAUCUACUUUUUUCCAACCAUCAAAACAGUUCGAUGAACCAAAGAAGAGUGAUCUACCUUAUUGGCCAGUAUCAUCAUUGAGUCUCGCAUUAUCAGCUAUCCUAGUUCUCAUCCCACCUAUUCCUGAUUCAUCUUCUAUGAAUGAACCUGCCGUCUUUCUAAGGCGGUCCUAUGCUCAGCUCUUCGCACAGGCGGCGUUGAUCAGUGUUGAGAGAGAGAUCGACGAGCUAAGUCCCGCAUCAAGCAUUAAUAUUAUCGGCGCCAGUCCCUCCCAAGAGCAGAGUGCACUCCAUCCCAAGAUUCCACUUCAAUUGGAUCCAAUUUUGGCUCUUGUCGUUCUUGCAAUGUAUGAGUAUUGUCAACGAGGCAAUGUAUCGAGAAUGCGAGCUAGGAUCAACCAUGCUAUCACCACAGCAAUGGAUCUCUGCCUUCAUGACCUUGGCUCAACCUCGACAGAAUACUCAGAGGCUCAAAGACGCGCAUGGUGGAUGAUAGUGAGUUAA